AUGCAGGGCGACCGAGACCCGCCGCAGCUUGACGGCAACCCGGCAGUCACUCCCAAUUCCCCGCCCUUCACGCUUGGCGAUAUGAAACACGACAGUUCUCCAGAGUCGAUAUCACAACUUGUUCAACUGCCGUCUGAGCUGCUAUAUCAGAUCCUUUCUUAUCUGCCCCUACGAGACUUGAUCAGCGUCUCUUUGACAUGUCGUACUCUCGCCAACCAUAGCUCCAGUGAUGUAUUAUGGGCUGGCCUGGUCAACGAGAAUUUGCCAUUGAAAAUUCAGGAUCCUGGACCGUUUGACUCCUUUCGCAAACUAUAUGCUGCUCAUUAUCCCUCCUGGUUUAUUCCGCGGAGUAAAAUAUGGUUUUCGGACAAUGAACAUACGGGGAAUCUGAUCCUGGCGCGCUACGAUAACCGACGGGGGGUUAUUGAGGGUUACCGUAUCCUUGCCGAAAGCCAUAACCACCAGCACCAAGUCUGGGACUGGGAUCCAGACGUUGUCAUCUUCACUUUUGAGCCCAAGAUCAAUCUUUGGCUUGAUGACCCUGUGGUUCUACUGAAGACCCCUAGCCCGUCGGGUUUCCCAAGUCGAGCGCACUACCUCCAUGGCGAAAUCCGGAUGCCCAUGGCUGUUGAAUCACAGAAUGUAUUCAAUGCCUUCUCUCUGUGCUCCAAGGAUAUCCCAUCACAUGUGGAGGUCCGCCAAGACAGACUCUGGCCGCCGUUAACUAUCCCCAGCGAAAACCGGGUGUACCGCGAUGUGGAGACCCACUGGUCAAAUUGGGAGAAUCCGCCAAAGCAUUUCUCAGAUAUAUCCGAAACAUGUUUUAGAGUCAGGAGAUGGGCACACUUCCGGCUGGGCUUACCGAUUCUCACUGCAGGUAGCAGUGAGACUUUAACAACUUACGCAACCCUUGAUCCAAUUUUGUACACGCCGACCAAGGAAAAGCCCUAUCAAGGCAUAUGGGUAGGAGACUAUUCUGCACAUGGAUGCGAAUUCUUGCUAUUUCUUCAACGUAGCAAGGAAUCUGGCUCUGAUGGCGCAACUCCCUUUGGUGCUGCCAACCCGAAACUUGCUGGGGCGGAGUCAAACGAUAGUGAAGCAUCCAGUGAAGAUAUUGUCCAACAGGGCAGCCUAGAGGCAAUAAAGCUCACAGGCGAUCCCAAUGUGCCUCGUGGGGAGAUAUCGUUCAUUGCAGAAGAUAUCGGAGCAAGAGGUCUGGUUCGCAUAGCAGACGAGACGCCCUUCAGAGGCGCGAGAAUUGUGCGCAGCAGAGGACAUAUCGCAGGCCUUGGCUUUAGGGACGAUACCUUCAUAUCGUCCCAGCUAAUUCUCAUCUCCUCGGACUGUGUGGCUCAUUACUGGGAAUCCAUGGGCCAUGUCUCAUAUUGCCGCCGUGUAGAUAUCGAUGCUCUGCUACGGACCUAG